AUGGCGCUGCCGUCGCCCCCCUCCGCGUCAGCUCCGGCCUCCGCCGGCGAGCGGUGGCCGCCGCUGGAGUCUACCCCCGAAGUUUUCAAUCAGUUCAUGUGGUCGCUAGGCGUCCCGGACGACGACGUGGAGUUCCAUGAUGUGUACGGACUGGACGCCGACGCGUUGGAUAUGGUUCCGCAGCCUGUUCUCGCCGUUGUUCUCUGUUUCCCCGAUCCACCACAGGAUGCAAGUUACCCUUCAGAACAACUCUUAUUUUCUGGAGAAAAGGAAACACAGGACCAGGUUUACUUUAUAAAACAGAUUGAAUCAUUGGGAAAUGCUUGUGGAACUGUUGCUCUACUCCAUGCUGCUGGAAAUGUAUCUUCAGAAGUCAAUUUAGUUGAGAAUUCAUGCUUGGACUUGUUCUUCAAAUCAACUUCUGGCAUGGACCCAUAUGAGCGUGCUGUGUGUCUAGAGAAGGAUGAUGCCAUGGCAAGGGCUCACUCACUGGCUGCCAAUGCUGGUGUCACAGAGCUCAGUGAUCUUGUAGAAGAGCACUAUAUUUGUUUUGUGUCUGUCAAUGGCCAUCAUGUGCAAUAUCCCCAACUCAAUCAACUUCAAUCUUAUGGUGCUGUCAAGGAAAGAAAAAUAAUGCUGCUGCUAUUCCUUAAGCCGCUAUUAGAUCUAGUUGAGUACUUGACUACAUUCAUUUUUAGUCUUCGCAAAGCAUCUGAAAACUUGUCUCAGAUUUGCUUAUCAAGCCUGACCAACGCCCAUCCUUACUCUGGUUCUGCCCUACAGGUACAAGUUCAGACACAGCUGACGCCUCAGCCUCCAGUAGUUCUCAUUUCUUUUAGUGGGAGCCAAUGCAACGUCCUCCUUACGUGCAUGCUUGUUACCUAA